AUGACGCAUCUGAGGGAGAGAUCUGGAGAAGUGACCUUGGAGGGUCAGCGGAGCCCAGAGCUGUGCCAACAAAGGUGUAAGGACAAACUGAAUGCCCUGGCUAUCUCUGUCAUGAAUCAGUGGCCUGGGGUGAAACUUCGUGUCACUGAGGGCUGGGAUGAGGAUGGCCACCACUCUGAAGAGUCGCUACACUAUGAGGGCCGUGCAGUGGACAUCACCACCUCAGACCGGGACCGAAGCAAAUAUGGCAUGCUGGCCCGCCUGGCCGUGGAGGCAGGCUUCGACUGGGUCUAUUACGAAUCUAAAGCCCAUAUCCACUGCUCUGUGAAAGCAGAGAACUCAGUGGCCGCCAAGUCGGGCGGCUGCUUCCCGGGCUCGGCCACCGUGCACCUGGAGCAGGGUGGCACGAAGCUGGUGAAAGACCUGAGCCCCGGGGAUCGGGUACUGGCGGCCGACGACGAGGGCCGCCUUCUCUACAGCGACUUCUUGACCUUCUUGGACCGGGAGGACGGCGCCAAGAAGGUGUUCUACGUGAUCGAGACGCGGGAGCCCCGAGAGCGCCUGCUGCUAACCGCCGCCCACCUGCUCUUCGUCGCCCCACACAACGACUCGGGCCCGGAGCCUCUACCUCCCGGAGAGCAGGGGCAGCCGUCGGGCUGGGCCUGGCAGAGGCCGUCGCCGGGGGUCGCGGCCGGACGCCAGUCCCUCUUCGCCAGCCGGAUCCGACCUGGCCAGCGGGUCUAUGUGGUGGAAGAGCGGGACGGGGACCGCAGGCUCCUGCCUGCCGCGGUACACAGCGUGUCCCUGCGCGAAGAGGCCACGGGAGUUUACGCGCCGCUCACCGCGCAGGGCACCAUCCUCAUCAACCGCGUGCUGGCCUCUUGCUACGCCGUCAUCGAGGAGCACAGCUGGGCUCAUUGGGCUUUCGCCCCCUUCCGACUGGCCCAUGCCCUGCUGGCCGUGCUCUCUCCCGCAUGCACGGACUGUGGCGGGGGCGGCGGCGGCCCUGGUGGGGGCGGAGGCGGCCGCCUUCUCCUCCCCGCUGGCUCGCCAGAUGUGCCCGACGCUCCAGAUGCUGGAGCCACGACGGCAGGCAUCCACUGGUACUCGCAGCUGCUCUACCAAAUAGGCACCUGGCUGUUGGACAGUGACGCGCUUCACCCCCUGGGGAUGGCAGUCAAGUCCAGCUGA